CGGCUGGUGGUGGAUCUGAGUGAGCUCGGACCAGAUGAUGCUUUCUCGUCUGUACCGUAUAUCAAAGGAUCAACCUUUCUUCGCUACUUGGAAGAUUUACUUGGAGGUCCUCAAGUAUUUGAGCCCUUCCUCCGAGCGUACCUUGAUCGCUUCAAGUAUCAAUCGGUGCUUACGAAUGAUUUUAAGCAGAUGCUAUAUGAUUGGUUCCGGAAGGAUGCAUCCAACGAGGUGCUUCUAGGUCGUAUCAACUGGGACUUGUGGCUGUUUGGUGAAGGAAUGCCACCGGUGAUACCAAACUAUGAUCGCUCCCUGCUCGAUGCUUGUCAGGAACACGCGGUUUUGUGGGCCGAAAACGAUCUGGACACCAUCAAAACAUCGCCGUUGCUGCAGCAAACCAUCACUAGCGUUCAAUUGAUCGAGUUUCUAGCACAGUUACUGGAGAAAAAGACAAUCGUCGGUUUGACGGCUGAAAAGAUCGAGCUUUUGGGUGCCACUUACGGUUUCAGUACAACGAAGAAUGCUGAAAUUCGUUUUCGUUUUAUGCGAUUGUACAUACGUGCGCGGUUGAUGGAACGAAUGGAUGAAAUUUUGGCGUUCCUGAACAGCAACUUCCGGAUGAAGUUUGUUAGACCAAUCUAUAAGGAGCUGGCCGGGUGGCCAGCGGCUAAACCCAUCGCGGUGGAGAAUUAUAAUCGCGUGAAAAAUCAGAUGAUGUUCGUCUGCGCAUACACGGUUGCAAAGGACCUCGGUAUAUCGGAUACUUUUAUCAGUACGGAAUGAAAGGAAAAGACUUGUGUUUUGGCUGGUGGGCGAUAAAGCAAUUGUUCUCGAUUUGAACUGUAAUUAAGUUCAAAUUUACAUAAUGAAAAUAUAUAGUCGCGUCAUGACUCUAUGUUGGUGUUGCGGUGAGUUUCAAACUGUAACCGCCCUAAAUGUUAUGCCAUAUGGUGAUUUCGUAGAAAACAGCAAAACGGGUUGCGCUAAGGAAGGACAGGAUAGGAUAGGAAGUUUCGCUAACACUAGGAUGGUCUCGGUUUAAAACGAAACGCAUUUAAUCAAUAUGUAAAGA